CCUCCGAAGAAAGAAGCUGUUAAAACUUCCAAAAAUCUCUGAAGAAAAACUAUCGAAUAAGUUAAACGCAUAAACCGAAAACCAAUCGAAUACUUUGAUUUAUUUCUUCGAACACAACAAACAAGAUGAAUCGAUUCGUAUUUAUCCAAAUUUUGUGUGCUUUCGUAUUAGCGAUACACGCGUUUCCUCAACAACCAAAAUCCAAAAGACCUAUACCCGUGUUUAAACAAAAUCAAUUAGGUGGAUUACAAUUACCGGACAAUGCGACACUCAUACGAGACAACAUCGUAGAUACAUUUUCCUGCAAAGAAAGAAUUUAUGGAUAUUACGCUGAUAUGGAAAAUGAUUGUCAAAUAUUUCACGUUUGUCUACCACAGACGAGAAAUGUCGCUAAAUGGAGUUUCAUUUGCCCCUCUGAAACGGUUUUCAAUCAGGUAUUUAUAUUUACAUUGUUUUUAUCUAGUUAUUUCUUUGUUAUUAUUUUUUUCUUUCCUUUCCUUUUCUUUUUUGUUUUUGUUAUUUUAUCUCUUUAUAAGGCCACUUUCGUAUGCACGCGAACGGAAGAAUCUAUACCCUGCGAGGAAUCGGAAAAAUAUUACAGUUUGAACGAAGAAAUUGGUAAGGAGGAAGAAAAUACCGAAGAAGAGACUACCAGAUCUCUUCCAGUAAAUGCUGACGUCGAGCCAGUGACAAACAAACCAUUUUCGAGAACUUCGAGAAUUUUAAGUCGACAAGGAUCGUCUCAACGUUAUUGACGAAAUUUUUUAAUUACGUCGAUCGCGAAUAAACUAACUUCUCUACUUCUACGUUGAACGAGAAACGAAAAAAUAAGAACAGCAACUUUUGUAUGCUACAUACGCUUGCCUUUAAUACAUAUAUCGCUAAGGUAUAAAAAAUAAAAAAUAAAAAAAAAAGAAAGAAUUAUAUGUAUUAUGUAAGUAAUGUAAUAAUUUAAGAUAUUCCAGAUUUUGAUUUUGCUCUUUAGUUUUAAUAGUAAUCGUGUAAAAAAGAAAAAAGGAUAAAAGUUUUAAAUUAUUUGGAAUCAUUCGAAUGAUUCUUAAUUUUAAUUCGUUUGUAAAAAUUUGCGUUAUAAUAUUAGGAAUAUACGUUAUUAAGUAUCGACGGUGUCUUAUUAACUCCUACAAAAAUAUUAUUAAUUGUAUUAUAUGUUGGAAAAUAAAAGACUAAAAUUGUAGAACAUUUUAACACUUCAAUGUGUUUUAUCAUUAUUUAACGUUACUUAAAUACAAUACAAACUUAAUGCUGACAAGCAGAAAAUAUAUAUGUAUGUGUAUAUAUAUAUAUAUAAUAUGUAUAUAAUAUAUACAUAUAUAUAUAUAUGUAUAUAUAUUACUACGAAAAUAACUAAUCCAUCUAGUGUAAAAUUAAUUAGAGAUACAACGAAAAAGAAAAAGAACAAAGGAAGAAAGAAAAGAACUAAAUCGAAAUACUUUAUACCAUUAUCGUAAUAUUAAAUACGGUGUUACUCGUAACACCCAAUAAUGUGAUCGUUGAUAUGUAUCGAUAUUGGUUUUCAAACUUAAACAAUUAAAAUAUAAAUAAAAUUAUAUCUAAGAAACGUACGAUAAACGAUUAGAAAAUAGUAUCGGCAAGACAAUGCAAAAUCGAACUUGGAGAACGAGAACUCCAUAUUUCUUACGUAGACAAGAAAAAAAUAAUACGUGUAAUAUUACAUUGUACAUUACAAGAUAUUUGUAUUUCUCGCUUAAGCAUGACUAAAGCAUAAAAUCAAAAUAAAGUCGUAGGCUUGAUUAAUAAAAGUCCAUUAAAAAAUUACUAUUUGAAGAAGAAGAAACUUAUUAUAAGAUGAAAAAAGCACUCUCACACACAAAGCGGCUAGAAA